AUGAGAAGCCAAAUAUCAUUUGUGUUUCUUGUUCUCCCAUGUUUGGGUCUAGUUACUCUGAGCUUGUGUCUAGGGUUUGUGAGUGCUGCUUCUUCGUUGCCACAGCCUAACAAGUUGACUUGGCAUUAUUACAAAAUCCAUAAUACUUGUCAUGAAGCAGAGAUUUAUGUAAGGCACCAAGUGCAGUUGCUUUGGAACAAGGAUAAAACCAUCACCCCCAAGCUCCUCAGGUUGCUCUACUCCGAUUGCUUCGUCACGGGUUGUGAUGCAUCAGUGCUCCUUGAUGGUCCAAACUCAGAAAAAACUGCACCACAAAAUUAUGGGCUUGGAGGGUUUGUUUUCAUCGACAAGGUCAAAAGUGUUCUUGAAGAACGUUGCCCUGGUGUGGUCUCUUGUGCUGAUAUUCUCAACCUUGCCGCUAGAGAUGCCGUUCAUUUGGCAGGCGCACCAUCUUAUCCUGUUCUUACGGGAAGGAGAGACGGCCUGACAUCUAGCAAAUCAUCCGUGGAUCUUCCCUCACCGUCCAUCUCCUGGCAGGCUGCGCUCACAUACUUCAAAUCUAGGGGCUUGGAUGUAUUGGAUAUGACCACUCUCCUCGGCGCACAUUCAAUGGGCAAAACACAUUGUCGUUACAUUGUUGAUCGGCUGUACAAUUUCAAUAACACGGGAAAGCCAGACCCAAGCAUGGAACGUUCAUUCAUAUCCGACAUGAGAAAGCUUUGCCCGCUGAGAACAAAGAAGGGGCAGAGCGACCCGCUGGUGUAUCUAAACCCGGGGUUCGGCGCAAACCACACAUUCACAGAAUCCUACUACUCUAGAGUCCUAUCUCACAAAGCUGUACUUGGAAUUGAUCAACAGCUACUGUAUGGUGAUGACACUAAGGAAAUUACCAAAGAGUUUGCUGCCGGUUUUGAGGACUUUCGGAAGUCAUUUGCUCUAUCAAUAAACCGGAUGGGAGCUUACCAGGUUUUGACAGGAAACCAGGGAGAGAUACGAAAAAAUUGCCGAAUUCCAAAUAAGAAGUAG